AGGAAUCCAAAUCGUCAGUCCUCCAUAUCACCAGAAGGGCAGGAUUGGUCAUUUCAAAGGGAAAGACGAACAUUGUGUGCAGAAUCUGUGAUUGUAUUAUUGGAAAAGACACGGGCCGGAUUUUUGUUAUCUGAAACGAUAGGCUACACAGUGCCACCUUUCAUAUCCCCCAAUAAUAAUAAUAAUGCCAGAAUGUUAUCCAACUGUCUAUAAAUAUUAUUACGCAUAACUGCGAGUUCUUCAAGACCACAGUCGAGCUAAUAAUUCUCUCUGUUUCCGAGUGCGAGUGACACUGUGAGCAAUGGCCAGAAAACUAAGCAUGUUACGCUCUUCCUCGUCACAAUGUUGCUUCUUCUCUUGGAGAACCAUGCCGAGAUCGUUGUCACAACCACUGAGGCUCCAGCCCCUCAGCCCAGCAACAACACAACCAGAUUUCCCACGCACGGCAUCACCGAAGGCAGUCUUCAGCCACAGGAAUGUGGACCACGUUGCACAGCGAGAUGCUCAAAGACGCAAUACAAGAAGCCAUGCAUGUUCUUCUGUCAGAAGUGCUGUGCAAAAUGCCUGUGCGUGCCUCCUGGUACUUAUGGCAACAAGCAGGUCUGCCCUUGCUAUAAUAACUGGAAGACCAAAAGAGGAGGACCCAAGUGCCCCUGAAUCUCCAGUCCUUUUUCUUUCUACUAUCAAUCUCAAGUUUCCAUGCUCUGUUGCCAUCUGAUGUAACGUGUAUGCUGUCCUAAUGAUUUUACCCUUUAUAUGAUUAUUUUAUUGGUCUCA